UAAAGAAGUAUUUUACAUGAAUCGAUAAUGGAUAAGAUAUUAUAUUUUUCUGUUUUCAUGAUACUUUUUAAACAUGAAUCAUUGGCACAGAAUAGGACUCGGAGACCAUUAAAUACCAUACCACCUCCAGAAGUAACGAGAAAGCAACACCAUGAACCCGAAGUCAUUUCAAAGACUUGUUUGCUGAAACCAGAUAAAGGUCCUUGUCGUGGAAAUUUGAAAAUGUUUUUCUUCGACCCUUCGGCCAAGAGUUGCGCCGUGUUUGAAUGGGGCGGAUGUCAGGGGAACGGGAACAGAUUCGACACUUUAACAGAAUGUACAAGCACCUGCUUAUCUGGACAAGGAUACAAGAGGGGUGCUCCAAAGUAUUGCGGGUUAUCUUUCGACUACGGCUGGUGUUUCGGUGCUGAACACAGAUAUUACUACGACCGCUUCUGGAAAGUCUGCAAGAAAACCAUCUACUCAGGAUGCGGUGGCAACAGGAAUAACUUCUAUAACAAGGAACAGUGUCAACGUGUAUGCAGCUUCGGUCUCCCACCGUUGGUCAAACCGAAGAAACGUGCCCAGAAUGGUGUGUGGAAGGUGGUCAUUGUCAACCCUGACCACGCUUCGACAAAACCAACUCCAGCUCCCACAACACUUGCACCUAUAACGGAGCCCGAAACUACCACUGCAAGGACACGAAGAACCGAUAUUGGUGAUUGCGGUGAAGUAACUAAAGUCGGCGGUUCGGGGUAG